AAAAGAAAAGGUUGGAGAGAAGCGAGGAGGAAAAGGGAGGCAAGAAACCGCGGAGCGUCCUCCUCCUCCCGUCUAUAAAUUCCCCUCCUUUUCUCCCUCCAUAUAUAGGAGGCCUCGACGCCAAAGAAGAGGGAGGAGCACCAAGGACUUCCGGCGCUUGUUCAGGAUCUACAUCUUCCCGAGCGAGUUCUUGGUUGAUCUCUUCCUCUUCGACCACCUCCCGAGGCUCUUGGUGUAGCUUGCCACUCCCACAAGUCAAGUUUUCAUGUCUGAUCUCGACGUUCAGAUCCCAACUGCCUUCGAUCCCUUUGCUGAGGCCAAUGCUGGGGACUCUGGUGCGGCAGCAGGAUCAAAGGACUACGUUCAUGUACGCAUCCAGCAGCGUAAUGGUCGCAAGAGUCUGACUACUGUCCAGGGAUUGAAGAAAGAAUUCAGCUACAGCAAGAUCCUAAAAGAUCUCAAGAAAGAGUUUUGCUGCAAUGGUACAGUGGUCCAGGACCCAGAGCUUGGACAGGUCAUUCAACUCCAGGGUGAUCAGAGGAAGAACGUCUCAAAUUUCCUUGUCCAGGCUGGCAUUGUGAAGAAGGAACAUAUCAAGAUUCAUGGUUUCUGAGCAACUGCCAGGACCAUAGCAAGCCCUGCAUGCCAAGCAGCUAUAUAUCCGGGGUGGAGUAUAUCUGGCUGUGUAAAAGCAGGCCUACGCCUAGCCACCUCUCUGCGUGUAUGCUUGUUACCGUUGCCUCAAAUCUUGUACGAGGUUCCAUCGUUCGAUGGCUUCCCUCUCUAUCAGAACAAGUUUGAAUAAACGCUAUUUUACAAUUGCCGUGUGUCAA